GUUGCAUUAUGUAUUUUUCAUUGACAGGAAUAUUCGGCAGCUUCACGUUCUCUGUUCCUGAUAAUUCGCCUUAUGGUAAAUACAGUCAACGAGUGGCUACGGAAUUUUGCAACGCGGCUCAUGCCGAAGACAAGACGUCAGAAGUCAAGUCUGCAAUGAUAACAUUCGCAAAGUGUUUGAACGACAUAACCAAUAUUGAAAUGUUCUUGUAUGAAAUAGAAAAAGCGAUGAAAAGCGGAGUAUAUGACAAAGUAAUUCAAGAGUUCUGCUCUAAAGUUCCGCAGAUAAAGGAAUGUGCCAGCGACCUGGUCAAAGGAAUGACUCCAUGCCUGCCAGCCGGAUUUGACCGCACUGCGGUGAAAAGCACCAACACUCUGAUGGACUUCGUUUGCGACAAUAAUGGAGCCAGGUUAUUCACAUUUGUUCAAGCGGGUGGUCCACGGUGCAUUAGUGACACGAUGGUUAAUACCUCAUAUUGCGAAUAUGUAUACGGAAAAGCUAGUUCACUAUUCACGAAGUCUGAAAGGGAAAGGUGUGUCUUGCUGGACCGGAGCUUGGAGUGUUUGGUGACGGCGAUAAAGAGUUGCCCGAACCCAGCCAUCGAACAACUGGGCCAGGAGUUCCACAAUGUCUUCUUAGAAAGCCUGUCUUGCUCUGAGGUCACUCAACAUGCAAAUACAGAAGUGGUCGCAGGAACUGAAGGAACAGUAGACACUACAACUGGAAGGACAGAUGCGGGUAAAGAUAUCGAUCAGCUUAAGAAAAUAAAACUUGAAUUAGAGGUGCGGACUGCGCAACUCGAGAUUUGGAAGAGAGAAAACGACCUGAACGUACAGCAUACCGUCCUCACUUCGGAUAUAAAGAUGAAGGGUCAUUAGAUCUACAGACAUGUCGAGUCUCUUCAUAAUAAUUUAAAAUAUCCC